AUGGUUGGCUUUGGUGGCUGUACCGAUAUCACACUUAACGCGCUUGACUUCAUGGAGUCAAUUGGUGUUAGUCCAAAUGGAUCAGAUUUUUCGGACUCAAGCCCACAAGGCACACACGAUGAGGUCGUCGAGUUGAAUACACUCGAAGAUAUCGUUGAAGAAUUUACAAAAAUGUUUAUAGCCGGUGCAGCUGCGGAACGCUACGUGAAGAACCAAACACUUUUCAAAUUUUUGGUCGAUCAAGCAAUUGCAUGUCUGGAAAACCCGGAGAAUUAUCGUGAAGCAGCGACACGCGGAUUCAUGAGUUUAGGCGGCAAUGCUCCUGUAAUGGCCACCAGGUUGGCGAAAGAAGGCGCAGAGGUCACCUUGGUCGCACGGUUGUCAGCGCGGGAAGCUCGCGCACUCCCUCCUUCUGUUCGUGUUUUGUCGGCACCUUCAAAUUUUGGGCUCCCAAUGACUCCCGAGUCCGACGUCCACCUUGUUCUCGAAUACGACCGCGGCGCUGUUUGGCGAAACCACACCGCGCCCCGUUCAAAUAGGUAUAUUUUAAUUCGUGAUGAGGAAAAUCCCCGCCUGAGCAGUCUCUGGCCCGGCCUAAUGUCCUCCUGGGAGAAAUUUGGCAACCACGGCGGCAAGAAGCUGGGCGACGCUGCGGCCUAUCCCGACCUCUUUGUUGUCGGUGGCCUACAGACCAUGGACAAUGCCAUGAUCUCGCCCGACAUUCGGCCGCAGAGGAUAGACGAGCUUAAGCGUUUCCUUUCUCUGGAGUUACCACGGCCUACUCUUGUCCACUUUGAAAUGGCCUCGUUUGUUGAGACUAACUUUAUCGUCAACCUCACACGGGCCAUACUUCCCUACGUCGACUCCAUCGGUCUCAACGAGCAGGAGUUGCCGAACCUGUUGAGCCUGCUGGCACACGGUCGGGUGGCACCCCACGCCAGCCUCUCCACACCCCGGGCCGCGGUGAUGCUCGACACAAUGCGUGAGAUCUGGGCCCUCCUGACGGACCCCCUGCACCUGCCGCGCGUCGGCAGCGGUCUUCGACGUCUCUCGCGCAUCCACCUCCACACCCUGGGCUACCAGAUCGUCAUGGUUCGACGACCCAAGGACCCCGCAAAGGCCCAGCGCAUGGAGCAGCAGGCUCGUCUGGCGGAGACGUACUUCAGCCCGACUGAGGUCGGCACGGCUUGGCCCUUUGCCCGGGCUGCCGCCGCCAAGGCGAGUCUUGUAGCUCAUCGGCACACCUGUGCGACGGCCUCGAUAGACCCGGAUCUGACUCGACUCCUGAUGGACGACUCCUUCGCGGUCACCACCGACCCGCGACGCUGGCCAUCGACCCAGCUCCCAGACAAGAAGAUUCGCCGAAUUCAGUUCGACCCCUCUUCUCCGGUCUCUUGCUGGUUUGAAGCGGAGCCAGUCUUGGAGUAUUCACGGGCGACGAGCAUUGAGACCCAGGUGGAGAUCUGCGUCGCUCCGGUGCCGGUGUGUCGACGGGUCUUUCGGACUGUUGGUGGAGGCGAUAACAUUUCCGCUGCGGCUUUGAAGGCGCAGCUCAUUGAAAGACAUUAG